GACUGAGGGAAGAAAAAGAGAGAGGGAGAGAAGCAGGAAAAGUUUUUUUUUAGAGGAAAACGCAGGGCUAGUCUGUUGGCCUGACGUCAGAUGCAGCUUUCAUAACCCCCCCCCGGAGGGGGGUGCUGAGGAAGGCUCUCUGCCGCUCUGAUGGGCCAGCCCAGUCCUGGCCCAGCUCCCUCAAGAGGCAUCUGCAUUCUCUGGGCUGAAAGGUAGCUCCUGUGCCACUGACUUCCAGGCAUGAGGUGGCUCCUGCCCUGGACGCUGGCAGCCGCGGCAGUCCUGGUGGCGGGCAACGUCCUGGCCAUGGCCGUCUCACCAACCCCCGCAACCAUGACUUUCACUCCAGUGCCACCGGAGGACACAACUGCACGCCCUGAAUUCUGCAAGUGGCCAUGUGAAUGCCCGCAGUCCCCACCUCACUGCCCACUGGGCGUGAGCCUUAUCACAGAUGGCUGUGAGUGCUGUAAGAUAUGUGCCCAGCAGCUCGGGGACAACUGUACAGAGGCUGCCAUCUGUGACCCACACCGGGGCCUCUACUGCGAUUACAGUGGUGACCGGCCGAGGUACGCAAUAGGAGUGUGUGCACAGGUGGUCGGUGUGGGCUGCGUCCUGGAUGGCGUGCGCUACACCAAUGGCGAGUCCUUCCAGCCCAACUGCAGGUACAACUGCACGUGCAUCGACGGCACGGUGGGCUGCACGCCACUGUGCUUGAGCCCCAGGCCCCCGCGCCUCUGGUGCCGACAGCCCCGGCAUGUGAGGGUUCCCGGCCAGUGCUGUGAGCACUGGGUGUGUGACGAUGACUCUAGACGGCCACGCCAGACUGCGCUGCUGGACACCAGAGCCUUUGCAGCUUCGGGCACAGUGGAACAAUGGCAUGGGAACUGCUUAGCCUACACUAGCCCCUGGAGUCCUUGCUCAACCACCUGUGGCCUCGGAAUCUCAACUCGGAUCUCUAAUGUCAACGCCCGGUGCUGGCCAGAGCAGGAAAGUCGCCUCUGUAACCUGCGGCCAUGUGAUGUGGACAUCCACUCGCACAUCAAGGCCGGGAAGAAGUGUCUGGCUGUGUUCCAGCCGGAGGGGCCCGUGAACUUUACUCUUGCGGGUUGUGUCAGCACACGCACCUACCGGCCCAAGUACUGUGGAGUCUGCGCUGACAACAGGUGCUGUAUCCCUUACAAGUCCAAGACUAUCAGUGUCACUUUCCAGUGUCCAGAGGGGCCGGGUUUCUCCCGUCAGGUGCUAUGGAUCAAUGCUUGCUUCUGCAACCUGAGCUGUAGGAAUCCAAACGAUAUCUUUGCUGACUUACAAUCUUACCCUGACUUCUCAGAGAUUGCCAAUUAGGUAGGCAUAUGACUUGGGGUAAAGCUCCAUGUUUGCAGAGCAGCCGGCCCUCUGUGGCCCAGGACUUCACAGAUGAGCCUUACUUCAUCCCCUUUCCACUGCAUUCUGAAUGUCCUGAUCCUGACUCUUAGUCUGUGCUCCUAUUUCGACCAUCCCAAUGGGCCAGAAGAAUGCUGCUCAGGCUCAGAAAAGGCAUCCUUCCUUGGGAAUAUCCUAUAUCACUCCAAAGAAAACACAUCUCAGACAGUUCAAGAUGAAUCCCAAGCCUGACUCAGCCUGUUUGACUUUAGCCUGCUCAAGUUGUCAGAAAUCCUGAUGGGGCUGCGCAAGGAACGGAAUCCAUUGGAAAGCCAGUAUCACAGACUCCUUCUUCAGAUGCCAAACGUGAUGAUGCUGGGGUCCUCUCAGACAGAUGGAUGGGACUGGGAACACAGGAAUAAGCUAUUCUUUGGGCCUUGCUAAAUAAUACUAUCAUGGGCAUGUAUGCCCACAACACACCAAAAGUGCUCUUGUUCCAAAGAUCUUUGUACCACGAGGUCUCCGAACAUUUUCCAGGUGAGGUGAAUGGUUGUGCCAUUUUUCCUCUCAACAGAAGGUCAUUUCCAUUAAUCUGGGAAUAACUGAGGAUAUAUUUCUCUUCUUCCUGUAGUGUAAAGGCUUCAAAUUGUGUUCAUGUUGAUUGGAAAUAAUAUCUGAGAAAUCUUAUUUUUGCUUGUGACGAUAACUCCCAAUCCAUCCUAUAGAGAUGGGGCAAGGCCAGCCAGUCUCACAGGCCACAAUUGAUCAGGUCAUUGAAUCCGUUGCAUACCAAAUUCUUAGGACAAUUAGCCAAGUCUUCCUAACAUCUGGACCUCUCUUGCACUGGGGCUCCUGGGAAUUGGUAGGGACCUUGGGGUGUCCUGUCUGUCUGUUGUCUCAACAGCACCCCGGAAUCGUGGGAUGGUGAGAAGAUGUCCUCAUGAGCCUUGGAAGAUUCCUUUGAAGUCCAGACAAGACCUAGCAGGAUGUAUGUGUCAAACGAAUAAGUUGGUCACCCUUCGUGGGCCUGGGUGGCCUCUGGUAUGAGUGGUGAGGUCACAAUAGUCCCUGGGCUCAGGAUGCAUGUCUUUUCUUUAGUGACCUAUUUCACAGCUUUAGUCGCUGUGGAGCAAAACAGCUCAGCUCUCUAGUCUGAAGGUAGACGUUGACCAGCAGAAAUCUAUUUAACAGGGGUAAAAACCAAAGAGUUUAUAAGUUGCAGAAAAAGAUUUCUCCUAGGUGACAGUGAGGCAGUUGUUUAGCAGUAGAAUGUAAGGUUUUCUGUCAUCAUUCUUUUAUUGGGUAUGUGCUAUCCUUUGUUCUCAGUAUUUGCCCACAUAUUUUGUUCACUGAAGCUUUGUGACAACAUAGAGGAGCCCCCACCAUCAUUUCUGUCCUUAAAACUGUGAAAUGGAAGCCCAAAGAAGAAACUCAACCAAAGUCACCCAUCUGGAUAUUCAUAUCCCAGAUAGAUUAACUUCAUAAUCUAUAUUGCCUCUCUGCUACUGGAUCUUCCAAACAUGUCAGGGUAGGAGAGUAAACUGAAACGGGCAACUUGUCCUUCUCUGUUUGGCCUCUUAAUAUUGUCUCUCUGGUUCCUUUCCUGCUAGUGGUGCAUG